AUGCCGCUGCAUGACCAACCGGAACAACCAUAUAUGGUCAGUUCUCGUUUUAUCUACGUCACGUCGGGUAUAAACCUGCAGUUCUGCGAGGAACAAUGAACAGUGUUUUAACAAAUCGUCUGACAAUCAACUGGCCGAGAGCGAAAUGUCGAUAAUAAACAGCGCAGCGCGACCGCAGUUUGGACACUGGCUCCUGGAGCAGGUACAGUCUAUGCGCUACGAUGGACUUUACAUGAUCGACAGAGACACAUUCCGCAUCCCGUGGAAACACAACUCGAGGAAAGACUGCGGAGACGAAGACAACAAGAUAUUCCGAGAAUGGGCUGUGGUUAGUGGUAAAAUCAAUGAGUAUCCCAAUGACAAGGCAAAGUGGAAGACCAACUUCCGCUGUGCUCUCAACAGCCUCACGCAGUUUAAGAUGAUCCAUGACAACUCCAAGGACUCAGAAAAUCCCCAUAAAAUCUAUCGCAUCAUCCAUUCUGAAAACCAUCAGCAGUGCUCAAGCAAUUACAUUGAAGCCCUGUACAGCUCUACUAACAAUCAGUGUGAGGAAAUGGAGUAUGAUUUGCCAAACCACAUGGGCACCUUGCAUCUAAACCAACAGUCCACAGAAAUGCAGUAUUGGCCAGGCUAUCAACAACCUAUCCAAAACCUAGCAGAUGACCCUAACUACUGUAUCGCUCAAAUGCCAAUAUUGCAGCAGCCUUGCCUUCCAAAUAACAUUCUUGUUCCAGCACCAACUUAUGCACAACUACCCUACAAUACAGUACCCCAGCCUAUCAUCCUGCCUUCUGUCAAUGAGCUAGAGAUCACCAUUCACUACAGGAGAACAGAGAUGCUGAAGGUGCAUUGUGCAAGUCCACUUGUUCAGCUCCACUCACAAUGCGAUCAGUCAGAGCUAAGGGGCAACUCUGUGCCCUUCCCCAGCACUGCGGAGCUUACUGACCAAAAACAGGUCCAGUACACUAAGCGCCUCCUGGACAAUAUCAAGCGGGGUCUGCUCCUAGAGGUCUGCUCUUCAGGUAUCUAUGGAUUCCGCCAGGACAAGUGUAAUGUGUUUGUCAGCACCUGCGAUCCUGCUGAGAUCCACAAUCCAGAACCCAGAAAGCUGUCCCAGAACCAGAAUGAACUGCUGUUCAGCUUUGACAAAUACAAGAAAGAUCUCAUGGACUUCAAAGAGAACAGACGUGGUUCUCCUGAUUACACCAUCUAUUUGUGCUUUGGAGAGAAGUUCCCAGAUGGAAAGCCACUGGAGAGAAAGCUGAUCGUUGUGAAGGUCGUGCCCCUGAUUUGUCGUGAGUUGCAUAAGGCAGCACAGCUGGAGGGAGCUUCAUCUCUACACAACGACAACAUCAGCCUACAGAUCUCCCACAACAGCCUGUAUGACUUGAUUGAAGCCAGUUUCUCACCACCCCCAGCUGUUUAAAGUCUUAAUGCCAUAAGUUCCUCUCUGGAUUCCUGUGUUCAGUGUUAGCUUCACCCGUCCUCUCUGUCAUGCAGAAUUACUGUAUACUAAAUAUGCCUGUUAUGCUUCAAAAUGAAAUAGCAAUCUUAAACUCUAGCAGUUAGCAAAGAACUGAGCUUUUUACCUACUUUGUUAGGUUUGUUUAAUAGAAAUAUCUUCAGCUUAAACAAAAGAAGAUGGAAAUGGUUUCUUUUACAAAGAAACUACGAAUGAAAUAUAAAUUAUGAUGCUUUACUACUUCUCUCUGUCAAGGACAACCUUACUUAGGCGUUUUAUCUUUUAAUGAAAAAUUUUCUUUGCUCUGCCCAAAGUGCUAUAUUUAUAAAGCUUUCUUGUUGGUCAAUUGAAAAGAUUAUUUCUGUUACAUUAUUAGUAUAUUUUGUCAAAUGGACAAUAAAUAAAGUUUUACUACUUGAAUCUUUA